UAGUUCUAUCUUAAUCGACACUGACACAGUCAUAUAUGUCAUUUUUGGCAGAACACCAUGCCACCAUUAGAGUGAGCAGCUUGCACUUAAUAUACUUUCGAUGAAGUAAAAAAACAAACAAAACUUUGGGAUUCAAUUAACAAAUUAUUUUUUAAGAUUUGUUAGACAUUUAUUGAUGUUGUGACUAUGGGGGGGUUUAUGACUGAUUGCUGGAGACCAUGUGUUAUCAUAUGGGCUGCAAUACUACUCGUCCAUGUCACAGGACACAGACCUGUCAUUAUAGUUCACGGGAUAUUAGAUGGACCCAAACAGUUCGAGAAUUUGGUGAAAUUUAUCAGUCAGUCUCAUCCAGGCACCAACGUGACCACAAUAGCCCUGUAUGACUACAUUGCCAGUUUUAAGCCGCUGUGGCUACAGGUGGAUGGCUUCAGAGACACCAUCAGACCCAUCAUGGAGAAUGCUGAAGAUGGUGUCCAUCUCAUCUGCUUCUCACAAGGUGGCUUGAUAUGUCGGGGAGUUCUUGCUACGCUUCCAAAGCACAAUGUUCGUUCUCUGAUAUUCCUGGCUUCACCACUAGCUGGCCAGUAUGGAGAUUCAUAUUAUUUGAGGUACAUUUUCCCUAAGGUCAUCAAGUCAAAUCUAUACCAUUUUUGUUAUACCACAUGGGGACAAAUGAUAUCGAUCUGCAACUACUGGAACGAUCCACACCAAAGAGAGAGGUACCUGAAGAGCAGCAACUAUCUUGCCCCACUGAAUGGUGAAAUAGAGCAUGCCAAUUUAACAGCGUGGCGAGACAGCUUCCUGCGCAUUCAGAAGCUGGUGCUGAUAGGUGGACGGGAUGAUGGUGUUAUUACACCGUGGGAAUCAAGUAUCUUUGGAUAUUAUGACAGUAAUGAAACUGUGAUUGAGAUGGAAAAACAGGAUUGGUAUCUAAGAGAUGUUUUUGGCCUGAAAACAUUGGACUCAAAAGGAGCUGUGGUCAAAUGUGUCGUCCCUGAUGUGUCCCAUACAUCUUGGCAUUCAAACCUCACAGUCUACCAGAAUUGCAUAGACAAGUGGCUCACCUAAUCCAGAACAGAAAGACAGAAAGAAAGAAACACAAUUCAUUUUCAGCCUGUCCUGAUUUAAUCACAAGAAUAGUUCGGCUUGUGUAGAAUAUGAUUGAUCUGUUAUUAUUAUUCACUUAUGUGUAUGAUGAUCUUUUUACAAACAGGAUGUGAUUUUUUAUUAUCUACUGUAUAAACUAUAAAUUAUUUUCUGAGAGCUACACUGGUGGCCAAAAGUUUGGAAUAAUGUACAGAUUUUGCUCUUAUGUAAAGAAAUUGAUACUUUUAUUCUCCAAAGUGUCAUUCAACUGAUCACAAUGUAUAGUCAGGACAUUAAUAACAUAGAAAAUUACUAUUACAAUUUGGAGAAAAAAAAUUCAGAACUUCUUAAACUACUUCAAAGUGUUCUCAUCAAAAAUUCCUCCAUGUGCAGCAAUGACAGCUUUGCAGAUCCUUGGCAUUCUAGCUGUCAGUUUGUCCAGAUACACAGGUGACAUUUCACCCCACGCUUCCUGUAGCACUUGCCAUAGAUGUGGCUGUCUUGUCGGGCACUUCUCACGCACCUUACAGUCUAGCUGAUCCCACAAAAGCUCAAUGGGGUUAAGAUCCAUAACACUCUUUUCCAAUUAUCUGUUAUCCAAUGUCUGUGUUUCUUUGCCCACUCUAACCUUUUCUUUUUGUUUUUCUGUUUCAAAAGUGGCUUUUUCUUUGCAAUUCUUCCCAUAAGGCCUGCACCCCUGAGUCUUCUCUUUACUGUUGUACAUGAAACUGGUGUUGAGCGGGUAGAAUUCAAUGAAGCUGUCAGCUGAGGACAUGUGAGGCGUCUAUUUCUCAAACUAGAGACUCUGAUGUACUUAUCCUCUUGUUUAGUUGUACAUCUGGUCUUCCACAUCUCUUUCUGUCCUUGUUAGAGCCAGUUGUCCUUUGUCUUUGAAGAUUGUAGUGUACACCUUUGUAUGAAAUCUUCUUUUGGCAAUUUUUGUUUUUUUGGCAAUUUUAAGCAUUGUAUAGCCUUUAUUCCUCAUAACAAUGAUUGACUGACGGGUUUCUAGAGAAAGCUGUUUCUUUUUUGCCAUUUUUGACCUAAUAUUGACCUUAAGACAUGCCAGUCUAUUGCAUACUGUGGCAACUCAAAACAAACACAAAGCCAAUGUUAAGCUUAAUUUAACAAACCAAAUAGAUUUCAACUGUGUUUGAUAUAACGGCAAGUGAUUUUCUAGUACCAAAUUAGCAAUUUAGCAUGAUUACUCAAGGAUAAGAUGUUGGACUGAUGUCUGCUGAAAAUGGUGCCUUUCUAGAUUUGAUCAAAAAUGACUUUUUUUCAAAUAGUGAUGCUGCUGUUUUUUACAUCAGUAAUAUCCUGACUAAACUUUGUGAUCAGUUGAAUGCCACUUUGGUGAAUUAAAGUACCAAUUUCCUUCCAAAAGAGCAAAAGCUGUACAUUAUUCCAAACUUUUGGCCACCAGUGUAGUUAUGUAACAGCUCGAGCUAUUUUAAUAUUGUGAGUAGGUUAUUUUACACUGCUACUAUCCAGCACAAAAUAGUGCUCUUAUAAUAGCAGCACAAAUGGAGAUCAUAUUGGCCCUGGCUUAUACAUUUUACCAAUCAAUUAAUUAAUAAAAAUUAUUUUCUGAAUUCCCAUUAUCAUUGCACAACAAAAUGCUAUAUAUAAUGUAAAUUAUUAUAUAAGAUGUAAAUGUGUUAGACUGGGGAAAGUUGUCAUAAGGGCUAUAGCUCAGUAACUAUAAGUUUAGUAAGUCAGAAGUUCAAA